AUGGCACCUUAUGAGGCGUUAUACGAUCGGAAAUGUAGAUCAGCAUUAUAUUGGGAUGAAGUUGGAGAAAGAAGGAUCCUUGGCCCAGAGAUAAUUCAGAAAACUCAUGACCAGGUGAAGUUGAUUCGGCAAAGAAUAUCUACAGCUCAAAGCCAACAAAAGAGUUACAUAAAUGCCAGGCGAAAGAAGAUGGAAUUUGAAAUUGGGGACAUGGUUUUUCUCAAACUAGCCCUAAUGAAAGGGGUAAUGAGAUUUGGCAAGAAGGGCAAGUUAAGCCCAAAGUAUGUGGGUCCUUUUGAAGUUCUUGAGAGAGUUGGUAGUGUGGCAUACAAGGUUGCAUUACCACCGGCAUUAACUGGGAUUCUCAAUGUAUUCCAUGUCUCUACACCAAGAAAGUACAUAGUUGAUCCAUCUCAUAUACUCAGUUAUGAACCGCUCCAACUCAAAGAUGAUCUGACCUAUGAAGAGACUCAUGUUCAAGUCUUGGACCGCAAGGAGCAUGCUUUGAGGAACCGGACGAUCUCCUUUGUGAAGGUCCUAUGGCAGAACCAUUCGUUUCAAGAAGUUUCUUGGGAGCAUGAGAGCGAGAUGCAGAAAAGAUAUCCAUAUCUUUUCGGCUCAUAG